GGGAGGGGAUGGGUAUGGGGGUCGGGGAGGCGGCAAUGACGGUGAUGUUGGUGUGGCGGCCAAAUUUGGUUGAAAUUUACGUUUCCGGCAAUCUCCGGAAAUGACAUCGUGACAUGUUGACAUCGGCGGCGGCAAUGACACCGGCGGUGGAGAUGUCACCGUGGCCAGAGGUUGGAACAGAGAUGGUUAACGACACAGUGACAUGUUUGACAACGGUAAAGUGACACGUUUGAUGGCGGCACAAUGACACAUUUGACGGCGGAAGUGACAUAUUAAAGUGACAUGAAAACCAGCAGUGACAUAAAAUCAAUGACAUAAAAAUAUAAGAGUGACAUAAAAAUCUGGCAGAACUAUGUUUUUCCAAAUAUAUGACUCAUUGGUCAUAAUUUUGUCCUUUUGUAAAAGUGGACAUAUUUUUGGAAAUUGACUCUAAAUUAGUAAUAUUCGUGAAAAAGCCCCUCUUUUGUGUGUGCUUUCUUUUUGUUUAUGUACGUCUUUUUCUUUUCUCUUUUGAGUAAUCUUCUUUUUUAUCUUUUCAUUUUUUGAGUACUUUUCUUUUUAUGAAUUGAAUGCAGUAAAGACUACAAAAUAUUAUACGUCAAGUGCUCAUAGUCAAAUAGAGACACAUCAUCAAAAUCUAAUCUAAAUGGACUUCACAUUAAAGUUGUGAAUACAAUUGUUAAAUCGAUGGGCUUAUGUAACAAUGGAUUGACUUAUAUAAAAAUGUAACUAUAAAAUCUUCUCCUUAAUAGCACUAUCACACCUAGAAAUAAAAUCCCGCCCAAACCAUUUUCUAUGUACACCAUUUACAUCUGCAUUGGAUAUCCACGGUUUCCCAUUCAUCCUCAUUUCCGUUUCUGCGUUUCAUUUCAGAUUCUUCUUUCUUCUACCGAAAUCAUCUUGCACGCUUCCUAAAGAUCUGCACGAGUAUCAAAGACCUUCCCUCCUUUGCAUCAAGUAUCUUUUGCUACCAUGAUACUUGUGUGAGUCUCUUCUUGAGUAUGGGCAAGACCAAGUGAAAUGCCUUAUCCUCAAUCAGGAUAUCAAAGAGCUGUUAGGCUUGAACAUUUGAAUAAGAGAGAAAAAUGCAUGUGAGAUUAUGUUGGAAAUUAUAUGAUAAUGCUCAAAUUUCCAUGGGCAUAUUUGACGGCGUCCAUGAAUCAACGAGAUCAAAAGGUAGAAGCAGAAGAGGAGGAGAGUGGGACAGUUAAACCAGCUGCACAAAGUUUUGUGACAUGUAUACACCUAGCCAAAAUUGCAGACUUAUUUCGUACCAUCACAGUCACAUGGUCAAAAACAUUGAUCAACCAUACACUCUUCAUCAUUGUCGAAAACCCUUCUGAAGACAACCACUACACAUGCAAGAUUGACCUAAAAACGUGGCAAUUUUGGGGCAAAAAGGGCCUAAAGUCCUUCAAGGUAGAUGAAGUACGUGUCGAUGUUUAUUGGGACUUAAGGGCUGCUAAAUUCUGUAGCAGUCCUGAACCUGUCUCUGACUACUAUGUCGCAUUGUCCUCUCGAGGAGAGGUGGUGAUAUUGUUAGGUGACCGAAAGAAUGAGGCCUUCAAAAGAAGCAAAUCGAGGCCUUCUUUAGUUGACGCAACUUUGGUGCACAAGAAAGAGAGCGUGUACGCGAAGAGAUGCUUUUGCACUAGAACAAUGCUGGGGAAGGGAAAAAGGGAGCACAACAUCAUCAUAGAAACAAAUCUCUCAGAGGGUGAUCCCGAAAUGUGGAUUACUGUGGAUGGGAUGGAUUCAAUUCGUGUGGUGAAUCUAAAUUGGAGAUUUCGGGGGAAUGAGAUAGUGAUGAUUGAUGAUGUGCCUGUAGAUGUAUUCUGGGAUGUUCAUGAUUGGGUGUUUAGUGAUGGCACCAUUAAUGCAGCUGGACCAGGUAUAUUCAUCUUUAAACAAGGUAAUACUGGUGACCAAAAUGAAGUAGAAGAAGAAGAAGAAGAAGUCAAUAGUCACUCAAAUGGUCAAAUAAUGUAUGAUACAAAAGAUUGUGAUGAUUCACAAACCACGAUAUCUGAAUUCUGCCAUGUUUUUUAUGCUUGGAAAACUGAAUGACUACAUAUUGUUCCCUCAUUUGUUUUUCUUAUCAUUUUGGAUGACCUUUUCUUAUGAUAAUCAUGAGAAAUAUGUGGCCUUUUUGUUCACAUUUUUCACAUUAUAAGUGAA